AUGGACUGGUUAUCACGACUGAUAGGUACCUCGCAAACAUCGCGCAAGACUGCCCCGCGACCACCCGCCAAUGAUCCACAAGCUCGCCUCGUCAAAUUUCGAAAAGUCUACAACACAGUGUUGCAGUUGAUCAACCGACCAAGAGACCCUUCAAAUGAAGCACCACUACUCAGUGAGCUGCAUUCGUGUCUGGAGAGGAUAGCUUCUUUCCUGCGUGACGAGACCCGCGCACCCGUCCCACAUUCAUGCAUUCAGUUCGCAAGCACCAGCCAGCUUUAUGCUGUAAUUGCGCGCGCAGCGACAGCGAGUCAAUAUGAGCCUGUUAUCCGCAGCGCUAUCGCCACGUUCGCCGCCCUUAUCGACAGUGAAGAGGAGGAUUUCGUGUCCAGCGCGCCAUUCGCCAAAAGCCUCAUGCGCCUGAUAAGAAGAGUAGUGGACAGUGGUAGCGUGCUCAUUGGCAUGGACACAGAGACCGCAAUAUUGGAAUUAUUGUUCACCAUAUCGGCGAAAAUCCGCUUGCAGCCUGAGAUUCUGCCGGUCUGGUUUCAAUCUAGCGUCAAACAAGAGCUUGAAGAGUUGGUCUUGAAAGAGAAGAACAACUUUGUUGGAGUAACGCAAAAGGACGAUUUCCCGUUGUGUUAUUUGCUGAUCGAUAGAGUUCACCACGAGGGUAGAAUUGGCGAUUUUGCCCGGACAGGAUUACUUUAUAUCUUCGAAGCUACAGGUCGCUCCAAGGAGUUGGAGGCCUGGAUUGUGCAGAGUGAUCUGCCUACUUUGAUGGCAUCAGGUCUGGGAGCUCUGUAUAGUCAAUUGAGCCGGGAGCUCAGUAUUCUCCACCCUGACGCUACACUGCCCGCAGUACUAGCCAUGAGCGACUACACGACCACACACACGCGUGCUACAGCAGAGUCGGCUUUCUCUGAGCGACACAAAGCCCACAUGGCGACAUUUCUGUCAUAUUUGGCAUUUUGGCAAGACAUCUUGGACCACUCUCGUAGUUCUGACGUCAAGCAGACCUUGCUAGAUCACUUCCAGAUUUUAUUUUUGCAACAGCUACUUUACCCUUCAUUACUGCAAUCGAGUGAUACCGACGGCGGUAGCUCUGUGGCGGUACUCACAUAUCUCCAAGCUGCUCUGGAAUCCCUCGAAUACCCCGAUCUCGUUCACAUGAUUCUCACUUAUCUCCUCGCAAUCCCGGAAGGCAAGAGCGCUGACCUCUCUGCAAGCAUUUCGAAUCUCAAUUCAUUAAAACCUCCUUCACAAGCUACGUUGACACGGCGGAAGAGUCUGAUGACACUUAAUCCGCCCAAAGCGCCGAACGAUGGCGUUGAACCGAUACUCUUCAAUCUUUUUGACUUGAUUGUCAACAGUAUUUGCUCCAAAAACAGCCAGACAUCAUUUUCCGCACUCAAACUCACAUCAACAUUAAUCUCUCGACAAAGAAAGUACGCGCUGGGAACCUUGCUGAAGAUUCAGAACAUCAAGUCAUCAGACCCGAGCAGGUCCAUCGGUGCCUUGGAGGUCGAACUUGAACAUUAUUCGCUGCUGGCGACUUCCUUGCACCCUCAAUUUGGUCUCGAAACCACAUACGUAGGAUUGUGCGAGGAUGCGCGGCACAACAUUGAGGCUCAAGUGGCAUCUCACGCGACGAACGCAACACUUGAAAACAGCUUCAUCGAUACACAAGCAUAUAUAGGCGAGUACCUGCUGGACAGCGACGACAGCCUUUUCAAAAGCAUGAGUAGCACUCUCAGAACUUUUUUUACCAACUCUGUUGACGUCAAUCUGGCAUUGACUCAAGCAUUCAUUUCAAUGGCGCUUUGUAUAGAGAUACGUCUCGAUGGCUGGGCGGCGAUUUCUCCCUCGCUUUAUUCGGUCAGCGAGGAGACCACCAGUGCGACCCGGCCUUGGCAAUCCUUCCUCGAUAGUGAAGAAGAAAACGCUUGGCUCUCCCUCAAGCGUGCAAGUCAUCGACCCGCCUGGACCGACCAAUCCUCACCCGCCUUGUUCCGGAUCUUAGAGCAGCUGGCCACCGAGCUUGAAAGUGUGCGGGAGAGAAUCAAGAACCUAGACCAAUUAAUAGCAGUACGCAAGACGAUGCUGCAAGCCUCCAACCUCGACAUCUUAGCAAGUGAGCCGCCGUCGUUAAUGAACAGUCCCGUCCAGGGCAGCUUCCUUGAGGUCCCAGGGCAAUUUCUGUCGUCAAGCCGAAGUUCGAGUCGGGCCCGAGGUCGAGAGAGCCUCGAGCCGAACAGUCGAGCCACAUCCCCUCAUCCAGCGGGGAUCUCUGCACGACGCCGUGAUGAGAGUCGCGGAUCCAGCCGCUCUCCAGGUCCCCGCUCUGUAUUCCGUCCACCGCCGCCGGACAACCCAUCGACGACGGAUGUGCUCAUGCAGACGGUCUCGUUGCCGGUCAACGGGUUGCCAGACCCUGAGCACAAGGACAGCGGCGUGCGCUCAGCUAGCCUCAACCACGUCCUCACGAACAUUGUUGUGUUGCAGGAAUUCGUUCUGGAACUCACGGCCGUACUACAGGUUCGCGCCGCAGUGCUUGGUCCGAGGGAAGUGCAAUCUGUCGUUUGA